AUUAAUUUGCAAAGCUAUGAUGGAGAGAUAUUUGUAGUGGAUAGUGAAAUUGAAAAACACUCUGUAACUGUCAAGACCAUAUUACAAGAUAUGGGAAUGGAUGAUAAAGGGGAUGAUGACCUGGUUCCUCUACCAAAUGUUAGAGCCUUGAGAUUAAAAACUGAUCCUCCUUAUCCUUCUGAUGAUAAUAAGAACAAAAAGAAGAAAGACAUCCCUGUUUGGGACCAAGAAUUUCUGAAAGUUGGCACAGGAACCUUCUUUGAGCUUAUUCUGGUUACAAUAGAUUUAGACAUGAAAGAUUUGCCUGAUGUGACAUGCAAGAUUGUUUCAAAUAUAAUCAAGGGAUUGCCUCCAGUAGACAUUCAGGAAACAUUCAACACUAAGAAUGACUUUACCAUAGUAGUAAAGGUCUCUGUCGACCAAAACAAAACAAAAAACAAACCAAUAAUCAGCAGUGUGAAGUGGUGUGCCUAUCGACACUAUAACACUGUGAGCAUCAUUCCAAAUAUUAGUUGCACCACUUUUUAUAAUUUGUUGUUGUUGUUCAGUCCAACUUUUUGA